UAUAAAUACCCCUCCUCUUUACUCUCCCAUUCUUGUUAGGUUCUAGAGAGAGAGAGAGUGAAUUUCUUAGAGAGAGAGAGCUCUGGUUGUUCAUUUUUUUAGGUACUGAAGAGGAGGAAGAAGAUCCUGUGUGUGCAUUUCAGUUAGCUAAAGGCAAUUGAAGUUGGAGUGUUUAGGAUUACUUAGGAAUUGCUGUUUGGAUUGAAGAAAUGGAGGUACUUGGCAAAUCCAUGGUUGCAGGUCCUGCAAAUGUUAUUUUCCUGUCUAGUAUUUUGGGCCGAGAUGGUCCUGAUCCUGUUCACAAAUGCGACUGGAAAUGCCAAAAUGAACAUGUUUGUGGAAACAUGUAUCGCUGCAAGCUAACAGGGCUGACUCACAUCUGUGAUAAGAACUGUGACCAGAGAAUUCUUUAUGACAACCAUAGCUCCCUUUGCCGAGCUAGUGGUCAAGUUUUUUCCCUUACACCGACAGAGGAACAAGCAAUUAGAGGCGUUCGAAGAAAGCUUGAUGCGAAUAAUUCACAAACUGCUGAUAGUUGUGGCUUUAAGCGUAGACGGGAAGCCCAGCUCCAUCCUUCUCAUUUUGAGAAAUCUUUUUCUGUUGUCAAUCCUAUUUGCAGCCAAGUUGCAGAUGGCAUGGAUAUGAGCUAGAUAUAUGUCAUAUAAUUGAAAAGACUAUUGUAUCUCUUGUCCUUUUUAUCUUUUCAUUUUUUCUACCCGACUAGUAUCAAUAACGAAGUCUGAACAAUUAUAGAUCUCUUCUUGUGGACUUGAUGUGUCCGUUUAUUAGAGGAACUCCAUAUUUCUAGUAUUAAUGUAAUGUAGUGCUUAAAGUAGCUUGACUGUUGAAUAGAGAUUUGAGAAUGCGAUGUUUAGAAUUCAGAUGUUUAUGAAAUCUGAAUUUACUUCAAUUUCUUGCUAA